GGUAUGAUUGGCAAAAUAACUGGUGCAUCUGUCCCUGUAAAUGAAAUCUGCUAUAUUGCUCGUGGUCUCAACAGUAGACAUCAUUUGCUUCUGCCAAAUUGUUAAUUGGAUUUUCGUUUUCUGUUUUUCGGUCUGAAAGUAUUAAAAUGGAGCAGGAACUGAAAGAAGAGCUCUGCUGCCCAAUCUGUACAGACUUGUUCAAGUCUCCAUUGAGGCUGCCUUGUGGGCAUUCGUAUUGUCAGAACUGUUUGAGAGCCAUGGUGAAGAAGCCCCCUGCCAGACACCCAACCGGUUUAUCAAGAUGGUGGCAUGAAGAUGACGAUGAUGAAGAAGUAAUUUUGAAUUGUCCAGAAUGCAGAAGAGAGUUUGUGUUAGAUGAUAGGGGAGUUGAUCGGUUUCAGUCCGACUUCAAACUGUCCAAGCUAGUCGACUUGUACAGGAAGUUAGAUAUGAUACCUCUUACAGAUAGUGAACCAGAAGAAGACAUCAACACAAACAAAAGUGAAAAAACUGGAAGCAAAAUGGCGGAGGAUGCUGAACCUUCUUGUAAUUUACAAGUUGAUUGCAGAGCUACAUCAGUGUCAACAGAGACCUGUGAGGUGCUGAGUAAUGUUCCAACAGCUCUCUGUUCAGAGACUCUGUUGAAACAAGUGAAUACCGACAUGCCCCCAGAUGUCCACGAACCGAGUGCCUUGGACCACAGAUCUCUAUCCAAUCCUGAUUCAGGAACUUUCACUAAUUGUGCCAGUGCAUCUACUGAGGUGGUUCCUCAAUUUCAUGACAACCAUUUUGCGGAAAUAGGGAAUAGGGAGAGCAGACCAAAUGAAAAGUGUCUUUCUCUGGAAGCUCGAGUUCCUCAUGGAGCCAAAGCAAGAUCAUCUCCUCAACGUCUAGACUCGGAUGCAACCCGGCCUUUAGUUCCACAAAGUGGGCAUUACGAUAACUUUACCUCCAGUGCCUCGAGAGCGAACUACGCUUCCCCAAACUUUUUGCGAAGUAACCCCAAUCUAACCCAAGACUUACUAUCAAGACCCGAUCUCACAAAAGGAAGGAUUCAUGCCUCAAAAUCUGCUGGAAAUUUAAGUCAAGGACAAAAUCCAGGAUUAGAUCGUUAUAUGAGAUCUCAUUCAGAUGUGGCUUCGUCAUCCACAACCACUCACAGGUCACCAAGUGCAACUACAGGAUUGUCAUCCCAAAGUCCUUCUCGGCAGUCAUCGCCGCGUCAAGGCAGUCAGAGUCCAAAAUUUGGCAGCGGAAACUAUGAUAAUGUGAUGGACAGUGCUACAGUGAGUCAGAUUUUGGCAUCUGGUAGUGAUGCCAUGGCAACAGCUGCCUCUUGUUCUAACACCAUGGCAACCGCUGCAUCUGGUACUGACACCAUGGCAACCGCUGCAUCUGGUACUGACACCAUGGCAACAGCUGCAUCAUCAGCUGCUUCCGGUGCUACAAACACUUCCACCAAUCGGGUGCCUUACAAAAGGAUUGGUUCCAGCCAAUCUCUCUCGUCUUCCAACUCCAGGUCCAGCAAGUCAGCCAAUGAACAAUACGACAAUUUACGAAAACAGUCGAAUGCCUCCAAAGGAUCUGUGUCCUUAGGCUGCAGCUCGAAACAAACAAACUCGUCAAGUGAAGAUUCUAAGCAUAAAGAAUCUGAGGCAUCGGAUAAUGAGAUGCGCAUGACCUCAUCUGUGCAAGUGACCCGACGAAGGCGAAAGAAGAAGCGCAAUAAAGUGGCUUCGUUUUUCUCGGCUCUAUUGUUUUCAGAUUCUUCGUCCUCAGAUGAUUUCAGUUUGUCAGAUUCCGAAGAGGAACGUAAACGCCAGUUAAAUCGUCAGAAACAACGGCAAAAGUCAUUAUUCUAUUCCUCCUCUUCCUCAUAAGACUGGAUAAUCUGUUCUAUUCUGUGAUUUACAAGACUGUUACAUGUUAACUUUUUAAUGAAUCAUUUUACUGGAGACUUGAUUAUCAAGACUUGUAUGCCGAUGUUUUAGUGAAUCAAUAAACUUGAUUAUCAAGACUGUUAAUGUUUUAAUGAAUCAAAUUACUGUGGACUUGAUUAUCAAGACUAUUAUAUGUUAAUAAUUUAAUGAAUCAAUUUACUGGAGACUUGAUUGUCAAGACUGUUACAUAUUAAUGUUUUAAAUGAAUCAAUUUACUGUAGACUUGAUUAUCAAGACUGUUACAUAUUAAUUUUUUUAAUGAAUCUAUUUACUGUAGACUUGAUUGUCAAGACUGUUACAUAUUAAUGUUUUAAAUGAAUCGAUUUACUGUAGACUUGAUUAUCAAGACUGUUAAUGUUUUAAUGAAUCAAAUUACUGUAGACUUGAUUAUCAAAACUGUAUGUUAAUAUUUGUGCUGGACACAAAGAUUGGUUUAUCAAGACUACUGGAAUUUGUUGUCUCUGUUAUAACCAGACUUGAUUGUUUGGAGGGGCAAGUAAUAUAUCUGGAAGGGGCAAGUAAUAUAUCUUGAGGGGCAAGUAAUAUAUCUGUUGGGCCAAUGGUGUAUGGUGGGUUGUCAGAAUUUUUCAGGGGUCAAUCUAUUUUUUCAGUAGGGCAUUUCCUAGCAUCCCCAACCCCCACCUACUCUCUUGUUAUUAUGGACCUGUAGGUAUGUUAGUGUUAAACAAAAUUAUAUGUUCACAUCUGGGCAUUACUUUACAUAAUCAAAUAAAAAUGCAUAUCUA